GUUUUUCUUUAAAUAUUCAGGUUAGGCAGGUCCUGGCAAGGCUGUUCCUGCAGCCCCAGUGUGAAGAGCCAAGAGAGCUUGGUCAGCCCAUCCGGAGGGGAAUAGCACUGGAGAGAAUCCCAGAGGCAGCAGCAGGUCCUGCAGGCACUCCUCCCACACCUAACCCUUUGUGGGUGGUGCAGAUAAAGCCUCCUUGUCUUAAGCAGGGAGGAUUUUGUGUCUGCUUUUCCUGAUAUCCAUGCAGAGGAGCUGCUGGAAGCGGUAAUUUGAAUCUCUGGCCAGGGACAGCUGAGCUGGGGCUGCACCGUGGAGAUUAUCUGAUUGUGCCUUGGAUUUAAUGCCCUGAGAAAUCUUGCUUUGGACACAGCACCUGGCUGCCAGCGAGGAUCCUGCUCUGAGGUGAUUUGUCUCCUGGGUGAUGGUGGCACACAGAAGGUCAAAUGAUAUGUCCAAGGUCCCCAGGUAAACGACUGCAAUGGGGAAGCUCCUCCAGAGAUUUAUAUACUGGAGAGCAGAGCAGGGAGCUUUGGCUGUCUGACAUACCUGGUUUGAAUGAUGAAAAAUCUUCUUCUCCAGCAUUCCUUUGUUUUGAAGGAGAGCAGCUGGCCUGCUUUGCCAGCUGAGCUUUCUGUGCCUGCACUGAAGGAACAGCCUGACUUUCCUGGAAGAAGCAGUUUUCUGCAGCUGAAAUCUUAGUGCAGAAGUGUGGAAGAAAUCUGCUGUUCUGGGAGCAGCCUGGCUGCUCCUGAACAGUGAGUUUGUGCUCCCUGGCAGUGACUUGGACUUGGGAAAACACAGCUGAGCUGCUUAGAAAAAGAACAGACCUUUCCUUCAGUCCUUCACUUGGGUUUCUGUUUGCAUGGGUGCCUUGCAGAGCGUUGUAGGCAUGCGCCCUCUUGCUGCCUCGUCCAAGACCAGGAUGAGGAGUUGAGGAGCUGCUGCCAAGGUUAACAGCCAGUAAAGGAGCAGGUACAUGGUCAAGGAUUGCCAGCAUAUUCUCUCUGGAAGAAGCUGAGGCACUCUGUGCUGUUUAUUCCUCCCCUCCUUGUUCUGGGAGGUGGUGUGCAGUCUGGGGGCAGCGAAUGCGCAUGGGAACAGGCAAAGCUGAGGGGGAGCUUUGGCUCGUUUGCAGGGAUAACAUCUUUUUUGUUGUUCUGCAUAAAACCCAGGCAGAAAUAACCAGUGAUACUGCUUGUUCAGCAGAGAUUUAUGCUGUCUUUCCUUUGGAGGUAAGAGCUGUCCAGUGGGAUUGCGCGUGGUGGGAGCUGCAAACUGUGUGUGAGGGGGCACAGCUCGGAGAGGGCAAAGCCCUGGGAGCCCUGGGCAGAGGGGCAGCAUCCCUGUGAGCUCUGGGCAGAGGGCAAAGCCCUGUGAGCUCUGGGCAGAGGGCAAAGCCCUGGGAGCUCUGGGCAGAGGGGCAGCAUCCCUGUGAGCUCUGGGCAGAGGGCAAAGCCCUGUGAGCUCUGGGCAGAGGGCAGCAUCCCUGUGAGCUCUGGGCAGAGGGCAGCAUCCCUGUGAGCUCUGGGCAGAGGGCAAAGCCCUGUGAGCUCUGGGCAGAGGGCAGCAUCCCUGUGAGCCCUGGGCAGAGGGCAGCAUCCCUGUGAGCUCUGGGCAGAGGGCAAAGCCCUGUGAGCUCUGGGCAGAGGGCAGCAUCCCUGUGAGCCCUGGGCAGAGGGCAAAGCCCUGGGAGCCCUGGGCAGAGGGGCAGCAUCCCUGUGAGCUCUGGGCAGAGGGCAAAGCCCUGUGAGCUCUGGGCAGAGGGCAGCAUCCCUGUGAGCUCUGGGCAGAGGGCAAAGCCCUGUGAGCCCUGGGCAGAGGGCAGCAUCCCUGUGAGCCCUGGGCAGAGGGCAGCAUCCCUGUGAGCUCUGGGCAGAGGGCAAAGCCCUGUGAGCUCUGGGCAGAGGAGAGCAUCCCUGUGAGUUCUGGACACAGCUGUAACACAGGGAGCCCAGGGUUUGGAGGUGCCUUUCAGAAACGCCAUUGUGGUGGAGGGCAGUUGGGAUUAAGAUUGGGAUUGGCAUUGGGAUUGCCACAGUCAGGGUAUGGCUCUGUCCCCCUCAGCACACCCUACUUCGUUCUUCUGCCUUGCUGCCCCUGAAGCUCCUUUUGAAGAGUAACAGACUGGCUCAAAUGACAUUUUGCCAUCACCUGAUCGGCCUUUUGUGCCCAUACCCUCCCUAGUCUCAGGAUUUCCCAGUUUCUGGAGCAUGUAGCCUGUGACACACAGGUAUCUUUGCUGGAGCCAGGAAAACUGGAAUGGUGUUGGCCACAAUACUGUUCCUAUUUCUAAAGGAAGGGGCUCAGUGAGGGCCCAGUGUCUUCAGGACUCUUGGUUUUUAAAGCUGAAUCUCCAAAAGCCUGGAAGCUGGAAUAUGCAUCUCUUUGAUGUGCAGUGAAGCUGAAAGUGCUUGUAUAUUUUCUCUUACUGAUUCAUUGAAUUGUAGUGUGUUUUUUUCUUUUUUCAAAUAUAUGAAGUUAUUUUUAUGGAGGAAGAGCUCCAAAAAUGUGCAGCAGCAGCUUUUGAAGUGCCAACAUCACUGAACGUGGUUGAGUAUGAACAAAUGCUGCUUCCUGUCCCAGUGGCUGGAGCCACUGCUGCCAUGGAGGAAACAAAGCUGAAUUGCUGUGCAUCUCAGUGACAAGUGCAGCAGGAGCAAGGACAGCACAGGCUGUUUCAGUGACUCUUAGUGGUGCUCUGAGGCUGACUCAGAGCUGCUGGAGCUCUCACGUGAGUUGGACCUGCCAGCAUCUGCUCUGCCCUUGCCAGAUCCAGUGGAAGAAGCUGCCUUCCAAACUACACUGCUCACAGGAGCUGCUUUUCUCAGCUGUCAAGGCCUCUGAGCUGUUGCUGAGGGGCAGAGGACAGGGCUGCCUGGAGCAAUGUCCAACGACCCCCCCCCUCCCUACCCGGGGGGCCCCUCGGCUCCGCUGAUAGAGGAGAAGCACGGCCCACCCUCUGCACCAGAGGGUGUCACCCCAGUGGUGGGACAGCCCCAGGGGGUUCCCAACCCCCCUCCUGAGUUCGGACCCCCCCCAUAUGAGCCACCCUCACAGCCGGGGUUCGUGCCCCCCCACAUGCCCAUGGACGGCUCUGGGCCCUAUGUGCCACCAGGAUACUACCCACCCCCAGGCCCUCAUCCCCCCAUGGGCUACUACCCUGCCCCAGGCCCCUACCCCUCUCCUGGUGGCCACACAGCCACAGUGCUCGUCCCACCUGGAGCUGCCACCACAGUCACAGUGCUGCAGGGAGAGAUCUUCCAGGGUGCCCCCGUGCAGACAGUGUGUCCCCACUGCCAGCAAGCCAUCACCACCAAGAUCUCCUACGAGAUUGGGCUCAUGAGUUUCCUUCUUGGCUUCUUCUGCUGCUUCGUGGGGUGUGAUCUCUGCUGCUGCCUGAUCCCCUGCCUGUUCGAUGACUUCAAGGACGUGACGCACACGUGUCCCAACUGCAAGGCCUACAUCUACACGUACAAGCGCAUGUGCUAACGGCACCCGGAGCCCCGAGCGCCGCCGGCCCCGCCCCGCUGCUCCGGCCCCGCCUGCAUCACUCCUCGCUUCCCGCCCGUGUGUGUGUGUUAGCCCCAGCUCCCUCCCUGCAGAGCUGCCACCACCUGCCCCCAGCUCUGCUCCUCACUGGGAAUAGUUGGAAUGGUGACACUGGUGCACAGGGGAGGUGGGCCCAGGCCCCAGACGCUACGUGGGGCUGCCGUGCCGUGCACAGGAGCGGGGGGCAUCACUCUGCACCCCGUUAUGCUCCAGGGUGUGAGCGAGGCCCCCUCACCUGGAGCGACCCUGGGAAGAGCAGCAGCUGCUGGAGGUGCAGGGAUAUGCUGAGACAGGAGCCCACGGCGCCCUCAGGGGAUGCAGCACAGCCUUCGUGGCACGUUGAGGAAGGGGCUCAGUGACAAGGAGAAGGGGCAGUGCCACAGACCAGGUUUCCGUGUGGUUCACAGCCCCUUCCCGAGGGGGGGCCGAGCUGCCUCUGAGCACGGAGAGGAGCCCGGCAGCAGCACCGCACCCUUAUCAGCACCUCCGUCCUGCCCGGUGGCCGCUCCAGCUGCAUGCGCCUCCUCCCAGCCCCUCCGGGGACAGGGACAGCCCCGAGCAGCCCCCGCCCCCGGCACGCUGAGAGCCAAACCCGCACCGGCAUGGCCUGGCUGCCCGGCACUAGAGUAGAGGAGUUUGUUAGCGGGCCUGGCAGGGGCUGUAGGGCCCUCCUUGCAUGUGCUCUAGGGGGUAUUUUUAAGUCACUCCUGCGGGGCAAAAGGAAGGGGGAAGCAGGCACCGACAGAAGCUGCAGCAGCAGCCCCGCAGGAGGAGCUGGGAGCCAAGUUCAGCCUCUCGGGGCUGCCCCUGCAGCUCCCAGAGCCAAGCUGGGGGGGGGGGGGUGGUCUCUCAGUACACAGGUCUGCAAACACAGGCAGCUGCUGUUUGCUCAGGGGUGGAACUGUGGUGUUUUUAUGUAAAUAAAUAACAGACCCUGAA